UCUCAUUAUGUUAUUGUGUGUAAAGAAUUUUAAGUUAGAUACAAUAGCAAAACUUCUACAUUCACAUCCAUUAACUUUAUCUGGUAAUUCACGAAGUUUACAUAAUCCAAUUAUUGAAAUUUAUUCUGAAGAUAAUCAACCACCACCUAUUAAGAUGAAUGCCGAGACUAUGAUACCAUGGAAUAGUAUAACGGGAUUAAAUUAUCAAAAUCAAAAACAAAUUAUUCCAUAUAUGAAUCAUGAAAUGCAUAGUGGUGCAAGUAGUAGUGGCGGUAGUAAUAAUAAUAAUAAUAAUCAAAAUCAUCCAUCAGUUUAUGAAUGGAGAAGACAAGUUUUUGAGCCUAUCUCACAUGGUUCAACAUGGAUAGAACAUUAUAUCAGACAACGUAUACAACGUUACAAACAAUGGUUAUCACCGAAACAAUGGAAACAAUUCAUAACAGAUGAUUCUACAACUAUUGGUAAUCGUGUAAAUGCACCAGCUAAAUUUAAUCUGGCUUUAUUUGAAGCUGCAGUAGUUGGUGUAAAACGUGCCGUAGCUGAAUGUCGUUAUCAAUUUAGGCAUGAAAGAUGGAAUUGUAGUCAAGUACUUGAUGAUGAAACUGCUUUAUUUGGGAAUAUUUUACUGAAAGGUAUACCACAAACUGCAUUUAUAUAUUCAAUUAUCAAUGCUGGCAUUGUUCAAUCAGUGGCUGAAGCAUGCUUAAAUCAAAUUGAUAAUUGUCCAUGUAAUAAUCGUGGUAGACAAGAACCAUUUUCUGAUUGGCAAUGGCAAGGAUGUGAUCAUAAUAUUCAUUAUGGUAGAAAAUUUUCACGACGUUUACUCGAUACAAUGGAACGUGGUUCACAUAUAAGAUUUGAAAUGAAUUUACAUAAUAAUGGUGUUGGUAGACAAUUAGUUAUCAAUAAUAUGGAACGUUAUUGUCGAUGUCAUGGAACAAGUGGAUCGUGUACCUUGAGAACGUGUUAUCGAAGAACACCACGAAUGAGAACACUUGGAAAUUUAUUAAAACAUAUCUAUGAUCAUGAUUUAGUACAAGUUAAACUAAAUUCCAAUCAACUGGGCGGCGGAAUUCGUACUACUACUGAUAAAGAAAAACACAAAGUAUUUUCAUCUACAUCAAAUCAGUUUGGACGUUCACAUUUAGACAAAGCUGUGAAAUUUAAACCUUAUCAGAACAAUAAUAAUAAUUAUAAUAGCAAAGGGGACAAUUUAAGAAAAACUCCCAGAAAAUCAAAUUUAAUUAUUAUAAACCCAACCAAUACUCACUCAUCAUCAUCAUCUUCAUCAUCGUCAUUGUUGACUAGUUCGGCUGAAAGUAUCCACAAUGUCACACGUCCACCACAUUCAUCUCAAUUAGUUUAUUAUGAAUUUAUAAAUGAGAAAAUGUUUUGUGAAUCACAUCCAUUUUAUCAUAUAUUAGGAACAAAAGGUCGAUUGUGUAAUUCUUCAUCAUCGUAUGUAAAUAAUUGUCGACAUUUAUGCUGUGAACGAGGCUAUGUCACACAUCAUUAUUAUACAAUGGAAUCAUGUAAUUGUAAAUUUAUUUGGUGUUGUCGUGUAGAAUGUCAACAAUGUUUAGUUCUGAAAAAGGUAGAAACAUGUAUUUGAUAUUGUAG